AUGUCGGAGUUCGCCUGCACCAAUAUCAUGGGCGUGAAUUUCGAGCUCACAACUCGAUAUGCAGAGCCACAGCCAGUGGAGCUGGACGCGUUCGGCCUUAUAUGCUCUGCCAAAGACCGCAUCUUAGGUCGAUUGGUCGCUAUUAAGAAAAUCACUAGACCGUUCGGAUCAGCCAUUCUUGCGAAGCAGGCCUUUCGCGAGGUUAAACUGCUCCGAUAUAUGAAACAUGAAAAUAUAAUUGGUUUAACAGAUGUAUUCAUCUCACCAAAGGAGGAUCUCUACGUUGUAACGGAAUUGAUGUGGACAAAUCUCCAAAAUCUCAUCGCACGAGGUCCAGUCCACAAUGACUUCUCAAAAUAUUUCACUUAUCAGAUCUUGCGUGGGUUGAAAUAUGUCCAUUCGGCUGGAAUCAUUCAUCGCGACUUGAAGCCAGGGAGUAUACUAAUAAAUGAGAAUUGCGACCUUCGAAUAUGUGAUUUUGGUCAUGCAAGACUGCAAGACCACCAUAUGACAGGAUAUGUCACGACAAGAUACUACCGUGCCCCUGAAGUCAUGUUGAAUUGGCAAGAAUAUACCGAAAAAGUCGACAUAUGGAGUGUGGGAUGCAUACUCGCUGAAAUGCUAAGAGGAAAACCUCUAUUUCCCGCCACCAGUCACGCCGAUCAAUUCAAGCUUUUUGUCAAUCUUCUGGGUAAUCCACCUCCCCGAACCUUGGAGAAAAUCAAGAACAAACAUACGAAAGCUUUUGUACAAACAUUACCGCAGUGCAAGCGAGAAUCAUUGAGAGAGACUUUUCCUGAAAUAGACAAGACAGCCUCUGAACUCAUCCAAAAGAUGCUAUCAUUCGAUGUGGACGACAGGAUCAGCGCGACAACAGGCCUCUCGCAUCCAUACUUCGAGCCUUAUCAUGACCCCACAGAUGAGCCAGUGGUAAAUUCUGGUUUCGAUUGGCGAUUCGAUAACGUGGAUGUGUCCAUAGAUGCCUGGAAAGCGGCAGUCUUUAAGGAGGUAUUACUAUUCCGUCAACAUGCCACACAAGAAAGACGCCAGACUACUAUGCGCAAUGCCAUUAUCAACGCCACUCAAAAUCGUGUGACCACCGAGGUGGCGGCGUUUCCGAUUACAGAGAUUCAGCAUUUCCCAGUCAUGGAAGGGAAUGACUUUACUGAUGAUGACAUGGCAUGUUUCUUAAACGAUUUUAUUUAA